AUGUCAAACCAGCAGGUGGGCACGGUGUUCGAUCGCGUCAUCCAGGAAGUCUGCGAUGCCUCUCAGAUAGAUUUCGAGGAAAGCGGAGUGGACCAGCAAACGCUGCUAGAUUUGCGCAAAAGCUGGCAGAAAAAGUUGUCUUCCUUAGGGGUCGCUCAUUUCCCCUGGGAUCCUCCUCCACCACAGCCUGCUCCUCCUCAAUCUCAGAGUCAAAUCCCCCCUCCCACCGCGACCGUCCCUUCAAAUGCUCCUCGACCUGCCCCCUCCCCUCAGACGCAACAGCCACAGCCACAACAGCAGCACCAGCCGCCACCGCCGCAACAACAACAACAAUAUGUUCCACCUCAGCAGCCCAUGCCGCAGUCUAUGCCGGGAACCGUGCCGCCGUUGCAAGCGCCCACGCCCGUCGGAGUGCCUCCCGGUGGGAUGACGCAGGCGCCUCAGAUCAAGACCGAACCCGGUAUCACUGCUCCGCCUAACUUGUCUCCGGUGAACAAUAUGAUCCCGGCAAACUCUCCCAACCCGCAGUCAGCUCGCGAACGUGCAGCCAACAUGCUUCAUCAGAGAUACGGUGCCGCUGCUGCCAACUCGGUCAGUCAACUUCAAGCUCAAUCGCAACAUGGUCUGGGUCUCCCAGGACAGCCCCGUCCCCAGGGCAUGCCACCAGUACAAAACGGCCAAGGACCGCAGAUCAAGCAGGAACCAGGAUAUCCUCCGAUGCCCCAGCCGCCUGUUAACAACACUCAGACCGAUGGUGCCGGCGACGACGCGCUCUCCGAGUGGAAGGCAGAGGUCGCACGCCGACGAGAGGCUGCCGAGCGCCAGGGUGGCGCAGGUGAUAGAAUCCUUCGAGACCACAUCAAGGCCAGUAUGCUUCGACUUGAAGGGGGCGGACUCAUGUUGCCUCUGGAUGAGCAGCAAAAACAACCCAAAGCAUCUACACGUACGGUUGCAUCUGCGUCUAGCGGAGAGGUGCCCAUCGAAUCAACUCCCAACCCGGGCUCGUCCAGCGAUGCACUUUCAUCUGCCCCCAAGGUCCCUCGGCCCCAGUUCGACGGUCCCGGAGGUGAUGAUGAGAAAGAAGAAGAUGACGAAGAUGCCAUCAACUCUGAUUUGGAUGAUCCUGACGACCUCGUCGCGGAAGACCACGAUGCAGAAGACUCCGUUGGUCAAGUAAUGCUUUGUACUUAUGACAAGGUGCAAAGGGUUAAGAACAAAUGGAAGUGCACUUUGAAGGACGGCAUUUUGACGACAGGCGGUAAAGAAUAUGUUUUCCACAAAGGCCAGGGUGAAUUUGAAUGGUAA